UAUGCAUGGUGACAUGCAUGUUGUAAAGUGCAUUUAUACAUGGUGACAUGCAUAUUGUAACGUGCAUAUGAAUGCACGUGUGUGUACAUUGUCAUAGUCAUUUUGACACAGAUAACACCCCAUAUGCAUGCAGUAUCUAUUGGCAUAUAAAAUUAUAGACUGACAUGCACAGUAAGGCCACACAAAAUUAUAUGUUUCACGGACUUUUAAUCUCCAAAAAACAGACCACCAAGGGCAGGCAAAAAAAUUAUGAAUAUCAUUAUAAAACCACAGUCAAACGGAGUCAUAACAAUGGUUGUUGCCGGUUUUGCUAGACAACAAGUAUAAUAAUUAUAUAUAGUUAAACUAGGUGUGUGGCAGAGGAUAGGCUAAUUGUCUCGAUCCGCAAUAAUAUUGACCGUGCAUGGGCGGAUAAUCGAGAUAUAAUUACACCCACGCUCAAGGUUAUUGCAGAGGCAAUUAGCCUAAUCAAGGCACGCAUGUCGUACCUCCUCUGGGUGUGUGAUGUGUACACAGGAAUGCAACAAAUCAGGUUAAUCAGCUUCACAGAUAUAUAACAGUAGUGCUGUUCGCCUUCAGGCCUACAUCACUACUGAGCCAAUUUUAUAUUCAAUGUGGUACUUGUGUCACAACUUGCAUGCAUGCAUUUGCAUUUGAUGAUGUGUACUGCAGCCUGAGCUGAGCCAAAAGAUAGAGGAUGAUAUUAUAAACCAGAAGUUAGAUUCGAAUACUGUGAACGGCUUCGCUCAAAGUGCACUGUCGUUAUGUGAAAGAAUGAGUACACGAGUCCCACCUUACAUCAUUUCCAAUGAUGAAAAAUACUUCAUGCCGGAACUACAUGAGCUGAAAUCUGGCCCAGAUCCUGAUGAAACUGAGGAAAAAAUACCUGUGAGCUAUCUUCGCCCCAUUGCUUACUUCAACUAUGACGGGAGCGUGCUUAUAAAAGGAAAAGUAAUAGGCACACUUGGCACAUCUUCGAAAGAUAUUGUUGCAGAUGCCCAGUUUCAGAGAGAAACCAAUUUGGCAGGGAGCGAGUUAAAAUGUUCAUUACCUACAGCUAUAAAAUCUGAGCCUGGUCCCAUAAGUUUACAGCAAUCCUCUGCACUGCCAGCUGAUUUUCAAGCUAAAGAUGAAACGAAUCCAGCAUUGAAUGAGUUUUCAAAUACAGAUAGAUCUAUACAAGAGACAUCUGGUUCUUCCCAGGACGAUAGCAUUUCCUCGAAACAAUUGGGAGAGCAAGUGGGAGAGCAUGCAUGGAAAGCCAAAUAAGUAGUGAACUAAAAACGCUUAGUCUGAGUGCAAGCAUGCAUGAACUUGUAAUCAGUGUAUGAUAUAAUUAGUGUAUAUUAUAGUAUACUCUGUAUAUGGUUGAGUAUUGUAGAAUA